AUGCCGUCAAAUUCCAAUACGGCUAAAAAUGACAUGUUGUCGUUCUGUCGAUCAAAAUAUGAAAAUAAUCAACAGUACAUAACAGCUAUUAAUAAAUUUGAAAUAACAUAUUCUUCAGAAGAUGCUAUACAGUGGUAUGCAAACGAUACGUUUCUCUAUCGGUUGUUAAAUGAAACAUUUCGUAUAGAUAGAAAUAGCUACGGUAUAUUUUGUUUUCGGUUUUAUGCAAAAGAUUUACACGAUGCGAUCACUCAUCAGCAUAAGAAAUCGACAAUAGCGUCGACAAAAAACUGUUUAACUGUUUAUCGUGGCCAACGUAUGCUCAAAUCUGAAUUAUGGAGUUUGAUAAUGAAUAAGCAUCGUCUUAUUUCGAUUAAUGGAUUUUGGUCAACAACUUGUGACCCCGAAGUUGCGAUGAUGUUUGCUGGUUAUGGUGCAUUUUGUCUGUCCUACGUAGCAGUUGUGCUAUUUGAAAUAGAUAUAAAUCAAAACAAUUGUGCAAUUCCAUUUACCAGUACAAAGAAUAACAGUAUUUUCGGUGACAGUGAGCAAGAAAUACUAUUUUCUGUACAAGCUACAUUUCAGAUAGAAUCAAUUAAACAGAUUAAAGAAAGUGAUUUCAAUGAAUAUUGGAGUGUUAAAUUGACACCAACAUGUAGAAAAGACAAUGAAAAGCUUAAAAUUCUAAGUGAUUGUCUAGAAGAAGAAGAAUUUAGUGGAACAACUUCACUACUUCGAGUAGGAGAAAUACUAGUUCAAAUACAAGAACGGACAAGUGCCGAAAGAUUUUACCGGACUAUAUUAAAAGAAUUUCCGUUAGGACAUCGUGACAUAGCUGACGCGCACAACAAUCUAGGAGAAAUUUGUUGUCGCAAUGGAAAAUACGAAGCAUCAUUGUACAAUUUUGGAAAAGCACUUGAAACAGCUUCCAGUGAUCUAUUGAAACAAAAAAUUCAAAUGAAUAUCAAUAAUGUUUACAUGCGCAAAGGUUUAGAUUGGUAA